AUGGCGACUGCCGCUAUGCCGACAGUCGCCUCGUCUGCUCUCACUCCCCCGAGCAGUUCACAUGGCGUCGUCCACGGCAGCAACAAGUUGAGCACUAACGGAUAUCACGAUACUUGGGACGAUUUCUCUGGCGGAGAUGACGAGAAUCCGAUGGCACUCAAGAAGACGCCCACCACGAAUUCCAAUCAUGCAUCCAUCAACAGCCAGACAAGAUCACCGCUGAUCUCUCAAAACGGAAAUUCAAACCCGUACUCUUCGCACGCGCCGAUUUCCCGCAAAAUAAGCCGAGAGAUCGGGCUCGGGGUCGAUUCUACUUACGGAAGCGACAUGCCAGGAUCGACUGCAUACCGGUCAUACGGUGGUGGUACCAGGGCUGUGAGUCCAUCAGAAAGCAUCGGGGAGAUUUCUGGCAGCCACAGGAACGGCAAGCGAGCGAACGGCGACUAUGGCUCAUCGAGCGACGGUUCAUCAGGCACCGACGAGGCCUCGAAAUGGAUUCACAGGGACAAGCUGGCUCGGAUAGAAAGCGAGGAGCUGCAAGCCGCAGGAAUCAUUCUCCCCACCUCGAGAAAUCGUUCCCGCUCACGCAGUCGGCCGCGAGUGCACGCGAACGGCUCGCGGACCCGGAGUGAAUCCACAAAUGGCGCGACCAGAUCAAGGAAGAAUUCGACCCUUGUUGGUGGAAGAGAAGCAUAUGGGGAGACCAAGGCUCAGCAGAUCGAGGUUCCCAGCUGGGACUUGAGGUUACCCGAAGAGAUCGCCGACGAAAUGGAGUCCAAUUAUUGGACAUCGACUCCAGUUUCAAAAAACGGCUCCAAGAUACCGGUGGCCAAAGUCAGCCCGGCACCAAUACCGGUGGACUACAUUGAGCGAGAGUCACCAGCUGCGAGGAAGAGGGAGAGCAGUCCCGCAGACGAGUUGGAAAGCAUCAAGAUGCCGAGGACGCGAGCGAGGAGCAGUAGUGCCAGCACCAAACUCGAACCGGGAGCGUCGUCUGCCGUCACUCCAGGCCAGAAGCAGACGAAGCGCGCGGCAACCGACACCUCACCCAAGAAGCCAGCCGGAGCUAGGAAAACGUCGGGGCCUACGAAGGCGACAGGGGCGAACGGCAGACCAAAAACCCGAGGCGGCACUCGCAAGGAUUCGUCGAGCAGUAGUACCGCGACGCGGCCGACCACGAGAUCAGGCGACCGUGAGCUUGCACCUUCGUCACCUAUGAACAAGCAACCAGAGGGCGACCCGCCGUGGAUGGUCUCGGCGUACAAGCCGGACCCAAGGUUACCGCCAGACCAGCAGCUUCUCCCAACGGUGGCCAAGCGAUUGCAGCAGGAGAAGUGGGAGCGCGAGGGCAAGUUUGGUAGUGUCUAUGACAGGGAAUUCCGGCCGCUCAGCGACGACGGUCUUUUGUCUCCUCCAGAUAGAAACAGUCAGCUUCUCCAGCCCCCGCCGAACGAUGAGGCCAACGAAAAACCCACAGACGAGACACAAGCCCCCGACUGGCCUCUCAAAACAGAAGCUCUCAAAAGUCCCUCCAUCCGACAGAACUCGCUCCGCCAACAACGAACUGGCUCAUAUUCCACGAUACCCAAGGUCCAGGAACCGCCCAUCAGCCCGAUCCCCGGAUCCAGAGGUAACCCAGCCCCAGGGCUCCCCUCACCGCUCCAACAAACGCCUGCUGCUCCCACUCAGGAAAAAGAGGACAAGAAGAAGAAGAAGAAUGGAUGUAUGUGCUGCAUUGUUAUGUAG